AUGGAUCCCACUGUCCUCAGCCAGAUCUGCCGCUCCCCCUCAGUGAUGUCCUACAAGAUGUGCUCUCCAGCAGCAGUUGCUCACUCUGGAUUCAGUUUCUCCACCGAAAACCGGGCGGCAUCCCGAUGCCCCAGCGUGGCCUUCUUUGAAAUAAAUCAGUCUGCAACGCUGCCUGUGCGGCUGCUCAGAAAUAAUUCCGUUGCUGUGCAGGGCAAUGAUUACACCGAAGAAAGUUUCCAAAUGAAGAUGGAUGCCCACGGCUUCACUCCGGAGGAGCUGGUGGUGCAGGUGGAUGGCCAAAACCUGAUGGUGACGGGCCAACGCAAACGGGAGUCGAGUGACCCGCUCAGGGGCGGUUACCGCAUGGAGUUGAGGGUGCACGGGCAAAUAAAACUGCCACCGGACCUGGAUCCCGCAGCCAUGACCUGCUGCCUGACGCCCUCGGGCCAGCUGUGAGUCCGGGAUGAAAGGGUGCUGUCCCCCCAUGAAGCCCAAACAGGACUGACCCCAAAACUCAGGAGCUGUGAAGUGGCUCCAAGGGUUCCAACCACUAGUGAACAAUCUAGUAAACAACCACCGAAGUGUGCAGCAGCCUUGGGAUGGAGGUUAGAGCUACAGGCAGAGGGGGCACAGGACAAGGUAGUGAUACACCAAGAAUCAGGUUUCUGGCCCUGGAAGAAACCGGUAGAGUACGUCCUUAGUUGACAGGAGCAGCUCCAGCAGGGAGCAGCAGUGGAGGGUCCUGAACCAGGAUGGGAUGUAUUGGGCCUGGCACAGAGGUCCUGGGGAGGGCAGAAGUGGUGAGGGGGACACAGCAUUGGACUUGUGACCAGACUUCAGGGGUCAUGUUCCUUACCAGGGAGGAGGGCAAGAAGAUCCAUUCUAGAGAGACUUAAUACAGUCCUACCCCAAAUCCCAGAGGUCGUUUCAGGGACCAACAACCUUCACAUACAGAUUGCAUAUCCUUUAAUGUAAGCUGAGGGGAGCCAGGGCCAAAGGACCCUCAACUUCAAACUUGAUCAGCCCUAGGUUGGUCCUACCCUUGCUCUACACCACCCUCAGAGUUGCAAACAGUAGGGCCUCUUUCUCUUGGUUACCAUGCCCACCAGCAUUUCAUUGAAUGAGGUUCGGUGAUUCAUUUUAUAACAUCAGGUAAUUAGAGAGGACAUGGUCUGAUAAACUCUGCCAGAGAAAGACGAAGAAAACAAGUGUGAGGUCGAUCGAUCGGCUGACUAUAUUGACAAGAUACUGAUUGGUUACAUGUUGAAGAAAACAUACAAUACAAAAUACAGAAAAAGUUGGUUCCA